CCGAUCUAGUAGGCGGUAGCGAAUCGCAAAGACCGUCACUUUUCAUACCUCCAUUGAUGACAUUCUUUCAUUUCUCGGUUUAGAUAGAAUUUUUACUUUUUUGUAGUAGUGUUGUGCUUGUAAAUAACCCCAGUAGUAGUCUCUACCCGAUUCGCGUCUUUUAAACAUCACCUACAAGCACGUCAUACAACGAAUAAUUGCACUUUAGGGCUAAAUGUAAAUGCAAAACUUUAUAUAAAACGGUAGCGUAAAGAAUUCUAGUCUAUUUUUGUAAAAAAGAUGUUCGAGUAGGGUGUUCAGUGGUUGUUCAGAUAAAAUGUUAAUUCGGUGGAAAAAUAAGGACAAAGACAAAGAUAAAUGUGAGAAAACUUCGAAUCAGAAACAAAAUUCUUCGGGGACUUCAAAGAAAAAAAGGAAGUUCGGCAGAGAUGGGGAGGAAGAAUGGAACUCUGACGGUAAAUCCGGAAGAGUGCUGUCAGGAAGUGAUGGAGCUCGUAGUGAUAAUGAAGGUGGAGAGGUGAGAGGCAGGAGUAGAAACACAAGACGGGACGACCCCAGGAGGCAUACAUUAGGAGGUGAUCAACAGUAUUUAGCUAUGUCUGGUCAGGGUGGACCUUUAUCUAGGACAAUGGACCUUGAGAUGAGUUCCACGAGAGCUAGAAAGGGUCAGCCAAGGGGAUAUCCACCGCAUACGAACCCAAUGUUGUUUGAUGAUGACCCUGGAAUUAUGUCAGAAGUAGAGACUAGCUCAACGGGCUUUCGAAGAGGAGGUAAACAAAGAAGUUCGCUUCCAGUUGUUAGAACCCCAAGUAAAACGUUAGAGAGACCAUUAGGUUUAGUAUUUCUUCAAUAUCGAAACGAAACCAAACGAGCUUUGCUGCCAAACGAAAUCACAUCUAUAGACACCGUCAAAGCUUUAUUCGUCAGAUCAUUCCCGAAACAACUCACAAUGGAAUAUUUGGAUUCGCCGAAUGUUAAAAUUUAUAUCCAUGAUUCUUCCAAAGAUAUGUUUUAUGAAUUAGAAGAUCUUAGAUCACACCUUCGGGAAAUUCGAGAUCGGUCGGUACUUAGGCUAUUCGAAUCUGCUGAUGUUUCCGGUGGUCUUCCAAUGGCUGGUAUUGGCAUUGCCGGAGGAGUUGGGCACUUUGAAGAUCCUAGUUACUUUUCGGAACCGGAAUUCGACUCGGAGUACCAGCAUCAGCAUAUCCACAAAAGCAAGAAAGUGUAG